AUGGACGGGUUCAGAACCACGGAACGUCUUCAACGAGCCAUGCACCUCGUUGCUUCCUCGUCAGAUGAUUGUUACGACAGUUCAACCGAUAAAGAAGAAGAGAAAGAGAAGCAAAGACAAGUUCUUGAAGUUGUUGAAAAGUGUAAACUGUAUGAACACGCAACGGUAAUUCCUUACGAGUUUAUCAAAGCUUUGAGCUCGUUAUGCGUUCAAAUCGCUGCUAAAAGAGAAUCGAAAGGAGGGAAAGAGGAGUAUAUGAUUCACAAUCUGCUGCGUGGAUCUGAGGUUAUUUUCAAGGCGCCAAAGAAACGCGCGCCGAAAACGCCAGAGUUUGCGAGAAAGUUGGACCGCAUUCGCGAAAGACUCGAGGAGGAAAAAUACGAAGCGAUGGUUGCGGACGUGACGAAGGCGACAGGUAUUUCAGAGAAGAGCGCUCGAGAGCGAAGAACUUCUUCGAUAGGAUAUUUGAUUAGAAAUGAUUUAGGAAUGGCAGUGCACGUGAUGACGCUCAUGGCGGCGUGUUUCGUAGGAGGUUUCAUCGCCGGCGCGCACGUGUUCCCAGAAUUUGGAUGGGAAAUACAUUUCGUGUGCGGGACGGUGGGUGCAAUAUGCUGCCUGUUUAUGGAGGCGGCGCUCUUUAUCAUGGUAGAAUGA